ACCGGAGUCCCCCGUGCCGUUCGUCGAUUUUGUUCAUAAGACACUCGUUGUCAUAGUGCACGCAGCCGAUUCUAAGUAAUAGUUUUCCGUUUUUGUUCCAAAUUUCCCAUUUUAAGACGCUUAUCCAAUGGCUGCCCUUAAGUACGCCGGUAUGGACGAUACUGACAGUGACGACGAGUUACCCCCUGGGUGGGAGGAAAGAUCCACCAAAGAUGGAUGGGUCUACUAUGCCAACCAUGAUGAGAUGAGGACACAAUGGGAACACCCUAAGACUGGAAAGAAGAAACGUUGUGCUGGAGAUUUACCCUACGGCUGGGAGCAAAACACCAAUAAACAGGGUCAAAUAGUUUACGUUGAUCACAUCAACAAGCGGAGUACUUAUUUUGACCCCCGGCAAGUGUUUACUGUGGAGGACGUGAUGGUGAAGCCGAAGCGGUAUGACGGUAACUCGGCGGCUCUGGAGAUCCUUCAAGGUCGGGAUUUCUCUGACAAGGUGGUCCUGAUUACUGGCGGCAACUCUGGCAUUGGCUUUGAGACGGCCAGGUCUUUUGCUCUGCACGGUGCCCGUGUCAUCCUGGCUUGCCGAAACCUGUCCCGGGCCAGCAAGGCCGUCAGCAUGAUACAGGACGAUUGGCACAAAGCCAGAGUGGAAGCCAUGAUGUGCGACCUGGCUUCUUUCCGCAGUGUGAGGGAGUUUGUGGACACCUUCAAAGCCAAGAAGCUGCCCUUGCACAUUUUGGUGUGCAAUGCGGCGGUGUGCACUCAGCCGUGGAGUUUGACAGAGGACGGCCUGGAGUCCACCUUCCAGAUCUGCCAUCUGGGUCACUUCCUGCUGGUCCAGUGCCUGCAGGAUGUGCUGCGUCGUUCGGCACCCGCCCGUGUGGUGGUGGUGUCAUCCGAGUCUCACAGGUUCACAGACUUGUUAGACUCGUGCGGUAAAGUGGAUCUGGCGCGCUUGUCGCCUCCGCGGAAGGAGUACUGGUCCAUGCUGGCCUACAACCGGGCCAAGCUGUGCAACAUCCUGUUCAGCAACGAGCUCCACCGCCGGCUCUCCCCUCACGGGGUGUCGUCCAACGCGCUGCACCCUGGGAAUGCGAUGUACACGGCCAUUCACAGGAGCUGGUGGCUGAUGACCUUCCUCUUCACCCUGGCCAGACCCUUCACCAAGUCCUUGCAACAAGGCGCCGCCACUACCGUGUACUGCGCCGUGGCUCCCGAGCUGGAGGGCCUGGGGGGCAUGUACUUCAACAACUGCUUCCGCUGCGAGCCCUCCGUCCAGGCCCAGGACCCGGACGCUGCUGCCGGCCUGUGGGAGCUGAGCGAGCGCCUGGUGGCGCAGGGCGAGAUCACAGCCCAGGUCCGGGCCCUCUGAGGAAGAGGGAGUCACGCUCAGUGUUGUCCGAACAACAAAAAAAAAAAAUGUUUAAAAAGGGGGAAACCUCAUUGACCGUGUUGUUCGAUAGAGCUGCCAAAAGCGCUGUGUGUAUGGACACGCCACAUUGGAGGAUGGGGGAGAGGGGGAAUGAAGUCACAUGUACACUGCUUGGUGGGAAGAGGAAACUUUUACACUUUGGUUCUGGUCCUUUUUUAUUAACUUUUCUCCUUGUGAAAAACGCACUUCAUUGAAAGUAAAUGUUCCCUUUAAACGUGCUCUCUGUGUUGAUUCCAGCAAUAGUGUCACAAAUAGUUGUAGUAGUACUUAUAAUACGAAAUUUAGGGCCACACUGAAAAGGAAAAAAAAUACUUUAUAUAUAAGCGUGAUGCUGUACGUUUACGAGAAGUGUGGAGUCACAAUGUUACAAGAAAUAAGUUAUUUUAUAAAAGAGUAAAGUUAUAUUAUUGCAAGAAAAAAGUCAAUUUCAUGAGAAUACAUUUAUAGUUUUGUUGAAAAAAUAAGUUUCAACUGUAUCAGGCUAAAGUUAUAAUAAAGGAAAACAAUACGAGAAUGUAGUAAUACAAUUGAGACAAAAAGUCAUAUUUUACAAGAAAAAAUAAGUGUCGAGCCACAGUAUUAAAGUAAAAAAGCUGCAAGUCACAAUGUAUAAGGAAAAUGUCAUUUUAUGAGGAUAAAGUUAUAUUAUUGCAAGAAGAAAAUUCACAAUUUUAUGAGAGUAAAGUUGUAGUUUUGCAAGAAAAAAAAGUGCUAGAGGAAAGUUAGUAAAGAAAAACAAACAAUACAAUAAAAGCAGCACAAUCUGGAGACAAAAGGUCAUUUUAUAUAUGGUAUAGUCAUAAACUAUAAGCAAAAAGUCGUAAUUGGAAUACAAAAAAUAAAAUGAAUAAAAAAGUCGUAAUUAGAAUAUUACAAGGAAAAAAAGUAAUUCUGCAGUAAAAAAAAAAAAAAAGUCAUAUUAGAAAUAAGAAGUCAUAACGUUUUAUAAUACAUAUAGUUACAAUAUUACAAAAAUGAAAGUUGCAAUCUGGCAACAAAAUAUUUUUUGCAAUAUUACGAAUGAAAAAUAAAUGACGGGGAAAAAAUACAAAAACAUUAAACUUUUAUAAAGUUGUAAUUUUAUUCUGUUAAUACAACUUUAAAAAAAACUAUAUCCUGAAAAUGUCUUGUAUUGUGACCUUAUUCCAAUAAAAACUUUUUUACCCAUCGUAAUUUUUAUUUUUUCUUCUCAUUGUGGCCCUAAUAUUCUUUCUUUCUCCCGUCUUCCCAAACGUUUUUUUUUUUUGUUUUGGGUCUCGUUCUCUGUAAAAGUUACCUACACGUGUGUUAAUCCUUCAGGGUGUUAAGAAACUCAUGUUUACACCAACACACAUAGAGGUAUGAUUCUGUACAUAAAUCUGCAAUAAUUCCACUUUUUUUUUUAAAUAAUGUCCCUACUUGUUGUGUGUACAAUAUUUACAACAUCCUGAUUUAUGGAUGUGUGCUAAAGGGGCGUGGACAUCACUUCAUAAUUUUUUUUCCUCCGGUUUUCUAUAUGAACCUAUUUAUUUAUAAACUGCACUCUGGUAAGACUUUAUUACAAUUUGGAGG